AUGGUGCUUUCACUCUCCAUUUUAUUCAGAUUGGUUACCUUGCCUGCAACUCUUGCGUUGAUCACCUUCCAAUACUUCACUAUUGGUACAUCUUACACUAAUGCGAACACUAAGAGAUCAUUGAUCAAGACUCUCUUUAUUGCUUCAAGUGCUCAUAUGGUAAAGGGAGCUACAAUGAGCGACGCCAAGUUCUUAUACAAAGAUCUCAAGACACUCUUGACUAAUCACGCUGGCCUGCUUGAUGACCUUCCUGGCUAUGCUGAGCAAUACACCAAGAAGGAUGAAUAUGACACUUGUGCUAGUUAUUGGCUCACCAAAUCUGUAACAUCUACAGAUUCCCCAAUUAUCUUCUACAUCCAUGGAGGAUGCUUUGCAUUACAAGUUGCAGAAACGGCAUUCACAGCAUUGGCGAACUUUUAUAGGGCAUACAAAGAAUUGUAUGGGGUUAACAUUUCGAUUCUCAUGAUCGAUUACACUUUAACUACGGAAGGGGCAGCCUACCCAAAGCAGAUCAAUGAAGUUAAUCUCAUUUAUGACAAAUUGGUGGGUGAAGGAUUCAGAAACGUUAUCACAAUGGGUGAUUCUGCUGGUGGAAACUUGGUGAUCAACACCUUGGCAUACUUGGGCUCUAGACCCAAGAUAAAGGAUGUCGUGUGGCCAAAGGCUACUGUUGCCAUUUCUCCCUACUUGAAUAUUACAAAAACAGAGAAUGCUGGAAGUGUUAAAAGAUACCAGGGAGUGGAUUGUUUUUCUUAUUCCAUGACUAGGUACUUUGGAAAAUUUUACACCAAUGGUGACGAAUGGUUGGAUAAAUCCCCAAUGGUGAACAUCGAAGUCAAUAGCGACAAAGUGAACUGGGAAAACAAUCCUGCCAUCCAGAACGGAGAUAUUCUAGUGGUGUUCGGGGAUCAUGAAAUCCUCACUGACCAGAUCUUAAGAUGGUGUGAGAAGGUUGGCUUGACUGCGAAUCACCCUGAGAGGAUCGCAAUUGACAUUAAUGGAACACAUAUUAGUGUAUUUCUUGAUGAGGCUAUUUCACCUGGAACACUUUCCGAGUGGAGAGAACAAUUCUGUUCUGGAGCUAUUUUAUCUUUCCUCCAUGAGAAGUUCAGUGAUUAA